CUUCACAACGCUGAGCCGGGGACGUUUCUUCGAGGUCCAGAUUGGCAGCGAAGCGCGAUUGGUGUAGCGAGACAUUUCCUCAAGAGGGUCAACUUUAACAACUUUCCCAGUCUGCUGCACGCUUUCAAAUAUUAUGACAAGAAAGGAAGGGGCCUGAUUGGUAAAGAAGAUUUGUGGGAAGUUUGUCGUGAGUUCAAGCUGGCCCUGAAUGGCAAACUUCUGGAUGAACUGAUGGAGUACUGCGAUGUAGACAAAGAUGGAUUCCUCAACCUCGUGGAAUUGGCUAAUUUUCUAACAUAUAAGGACAUGAUGCCCAUCCGCGAGAAUUAUUUCGGAUUACCGCCAAUCAGUAUGAACGACAAGAUAUCAUCAGAUUUAUCUAAAUUUAUUCCCUCGCUGGCCUUGUUUGGGCCUGACGACAUGGAGCCAGUGGAGCCAGGCAGCUCAAAGAAUAUUAUCAGGACCAUCAGGAAACACAAACCAGAUUCAGACCUCGUAUCCUCCACCAGUGAUGAGAUGCCCACACCUAGUGAGUCCAGAGCAGGGCUUUUGGUUUGA